AUGGUACUUGCCCGUGUGGCCAACUUCUUCACCAACGGGGACUCUACAAACGAUCUUGUCGACAAGCGAAGCAAUGAUGCUAGCGCAAUGCAAAAGCUUGAAACCAUGGCGGAUACAAUCGGAAGCGCGGUCGAGGAGGAGAUAGAUGACGAAGCGGCGCGACCGCCAUAUAUACAUGCAAUGCUAGCGGGAGGCAUUGGAGGCACAACAGGCGACAUGCUGAUGCAUUCGCUGGACACGGUCAAGACGAGACAACAAGGCGACCCGCACAUGCCACCGAAAUACACAUCCAUGGGGAAUACCUACUACACAAUAUGGCGACAAGAGGGCUUCCGAAAAGGGUUGUACGGAGGAGUGCAGCCAGCUUUCCUCGGGUCUUUUGCAGGCACUGUGUGCUUCUUUGGCGCAUACGAGUGGAGUAAAAGAACCAUGAUUGACUAUGGCAUUGCGCCAUCAGUGUCAUACUUUGCAGCUGGACUCUUCGCCGAUCUCGCUGCAGCGCCUGCAUAUGUUCCGUCCGAAGUGCUGAAGACGCGCCUACAACUACAGGGCCGGCACAACAAUCCUUACUUCAAUUCGGGCUACAACUAUCGCAACACCAUAGACGCGGCUCGGACCAUCGCUAGAGUGGAAGGCUUUAGCGCACUAUUCCACGGCUACAAAGCCACACUGUGGCGUGACCUGCCCUUUUCGGCAUUGCAGUUCGCAUUCUACGAGGAACUUCGAGACCGCGCGAAGCGCUACCAGGGGUCUCACCUAAUCGGGCUGCCAUUGGAAAUUGCGACCGCAGCAAGCGCAGGAGGAAUGGCAGGCCUCGACAACAGCACCCAAAGCCACUGUUUCACCGACAACAUCGACAAAACACUCCACUCCUUCGAGGCCUACCGCAUCACGUCCUGCACAAAGUCGACCAAUAUCUACGUCCUCGCCGUCGACAACGUUGAGACCCCACGGCGCAGCCAUGCUCGAUACCUCCUCGGUCAUGACUGGACUGAAGAUCAUAUACAAAACAGAAGGAAUUGCUGGCUGGUUCCGAGGGGUUGGUCCGAGAGCCGUAUGGACCAGUGUUCAGUCUGGUACCAUGCUUGUGUUGUACCAGACACUUUUGCGGCAUUUCGAGCAACAUCCGCUCGUGAAUAGGGACGACGUGUAAUACCAUUGUACGAACAUAUUCGCAUAGAAGCAUUAGUGGCGUUAGGGAAGCGAACCAUAGACUAGACUUGCGAAUACCGAA